AUGAACAAAGAGCAGAAAGUAUUAAGAGGACUUAUUAUCUUAUUGGGUGUAUGGAUUGUUUAUUUAGCAAAACAGCAUUUUUUCCCGCAUACACAUGCAGACAACUCACUUGGAAAAUCUGUUUUACAAUCUAUUUCACCAAAAGUAGGUGAAUUAGGUCUAAUUCAUAAUCAAAAAUUAACAAAUAAGGAAGUUAAAGAUAGAUUGGGGAGAGCAACAUGGACACUUUUACAUACCAUGGCAGCUGUUUAUCCUGCAUUUCCUACAGUACAACAUAAAAAAGAUACACUUCAAUUUAUUUACCUUUUAUCAUCUCUUUUCCCCUGUGCAGAAUGUUGUGGACAUUUUCAAAGACUGUUAAGCUUAAAUCCUCCACAAGUUGCCACACAUGACGAAUUUGUCCAGUGGCUAUGUAAAGCACAUAACAUAGUUAAUAAAAGAUUAGGAAAGCCCAUUAUGGACUGUAAAAAGGUAGAAGGUGUUUGGAGUUGUGGUUGUGAACCAGAAUAA